CAGAUGGCUGGCCUGGCUGGCUGGCCUGGCUGGCCUGGCUGGCCAUCUUCAACACAGUAAUGUGUUUACACCCAGUGGGUGAGGGACUCAGGGAGCCUCAGCUCUCUUAUUACGUCUUUUCUGUGUCUUUCUCAAUAAAAGCGUGUGUUCUGUGGCUGAAUAAUGUGUUACCAUGAGUGUGAGUGUCCGGGGAGGUGGGUAAUACUCACCAUCGUCCUAUAAUAUACCAGUAAUGAGGUUAAAUAGCGGUGGUGAACCUCAAACAUGAGUGAAUUUGUGUCUGUGUGUAGGGGCUAUCUAGCCCUUCCCUAUUUCAGGGCAUCUCUAAUUUUAUCUCUCAAAAUGGAGAGGUUAGAGGGAGAUGGCAUACGUCAGGAGUGCCAUAAUCCAGGGGAUAUAAUGGGAUACUAGAGGUCUGGGUAUACCCUAGAGGUGCCGGUGAUGUCCACUUGAAGUGUUGCCUCAGGAGCAGUUUAAGAAGAACGUGGUGACAAUGCAAGCCAAGAAACGUUAUUUACUCUUGUUCAGUUGCUGUGCUUUCCUCUCCUUCGGAUACUUCGGUUACCAUCACUUUAAAGUUCAUAGACACAGUAAAUGGUACCAGCACCUCUCUAGUUACUCUGAAGACUCUGAUGUAGUCCAUGAUGAGGAUAUAUCUCCCAGCCCGAGGUUUAGGAAUAGAAGAACUACUAGGGAAAAUGAUGACGAGGCGGCGUUCAAAACGUGUCGGAUGGAAACGUGCUUCGAUUUUACGCUCUGUGAGAAAGGUUUUAAAGUGUAUGUGUAUCCGGUCGAUGACAACGCGCCGCCCAGCAACAAUUAUAUGAAAGUGCUCAAUGUGAUACAGGAUUCUAAUUACUACACGUCAGACCCUAGUCAAGCUUGUAUUUUUGUUCUGAGCCUUGACACGCUGGAUCGCGACAACCUAAGUAAAGAUUACAUAAGAAAUAUGCCUCACAGGAUUCAAAGAUUGCCGUUGUGGAACAGUGGACAGAAUCACAUAAUAUUUAAUCUCUAUUCGGGCACCUUUCCUGACUAUACGGAAGAUUUAGGGUUUGACGUGGGCAAGGCUAUAUUAGCCAAAGCCAGCAUAUCAUACGAAAAUUUCCGCCCUGGAUUUGACAUUUCACUUCCAUUGUUUUACAAGUCACAUCCUGAACGGGGCGGUGAUGACGGCUACUUGGAGUCCAACAAAUUUCCAGGGACCAAGAAAUACCUUUUGUCCUUUAAGGGUAAAAGAUACGUGUAUGGUAUCGGCAGCGAGACACGGAACAGCCUAUACCACCUGCAUAAUGAGCGGGAUAUUGUUCUUCUGACGACCUGUAAGCACGGAGACAGCUGGAAGGAGUAUAAGGAUGAGCGAUGUGACCAUGACAAUGCAGAGUAUGAUAGGUGAGUGUUGUGCAACUGUGUUGUUUCAUAGUCUUAGGCUAGGCUUAAGCUUGCCUGAUGUGCUCUGCAUAACUGGGCUUUCUGCACGCACAACUAAAAUGCCGCCCGUCUCUAUACAAACAUUGUAUCAUGCUGAAAUGAAAUAUCAUUAUUAUUAUCUUCGUCUUCAUGACAUGUUCAGAUUCUGUUAUCUAUAAGUGAUUCCCAAUGACCCGGUCUCAUACCAGACCUCUUUCUAUAUUGGAAACGAAAUACAUAUUUCAGGAUUAAGAUCUAUUAAGAAGCACAUAUGAAAGUAAAAGCAAUAUUUAUUAUGUGUAUAAUACAGUGGACCCCCGCAUAACGAUUACCUCCGAAUGCGACCAAUUAUGUAAAUGUAUUUAUGUAAGUGCGUUUGUACGUGUAUGUUUGGGGGUCUGAAAUGGACUAAUCUACUUCACAAUAUUCCUUAUGGGAAUAAAUUCGGUCAUUACUGGCACCUGAACAUACUUAUGGAGUGAAAAAAUAUCGUUAACCGGGGGUCCACUGUACAUAAAAGUUUCAUUCCUCCUGAUGAUUACAAGAGUCAAAAUUCUAUAGGAAUGUAUAUAUGUUACCUUGUAUUUUGAUUUACAGUAAACUCUCAGGAAAAUAUUGUGCUGUAUAUAGUGCAGUUUUUUGCAAAUGUGUUUCAAAAGUUCAUCCAUAAUUGAGUAGCAUGUUCAGUACUCUGAAGGUUUUUCAUGUGCUGUUCAAUUUUGAAUGCAUGUUUUCAAUUGCAUUUACAAAAAAAAUGCACACUAUAGAGGAACUUUAUAUGAAUGCUUACUGUAUUAGCAUUAAACCUAAAUGUAUAUGAGAUACAACAAUAAAUAGUGUCAGGGUUAAAAUAUUGUAUGAAAUAGUGUCAGGGUUUAAAUAUUUUAUUAAAUAGUGUCAGGGUUAAUAUUGUUCCCAGAUGUUACAAAAGCUUUGUGUGAUAUUUAUUUUGAUAAGAUGUAUAAUUAUGUUCAGGCAAUAUAUUUCUUAGAUUACAGCAUCAAGAUAAGAGGCAUCAGCAUCUGAUAGUUUACCCUGUUACUGCAAGGAUAGUAAUAUUUCCCUGACUUGCUGUGCAUAAUAAGAGUUUGGCAAAUAAAACUGUUUUGUAAGUGUAAGUUUAUUCAAAUACAGGUGCACAUAAAUACAGUUACAUAAAUUAUCAUACAUAGCAGCAUAUGUGUAGAUUACCUAGAAUUAUUUAGAGUUUACCCUCGAUUAACACAGUAAUUACAGUGCUGGGAAUGUUGUGUGUACCAAAAAAAAUUGUGAUAAUUGAACUGAAGAACAUAGGGGAAAAAUAGGGUCAUGUUCUUAAAAUUCUCAAAAAUGCCAUUUUUAAGUUUUGUGAUUCGUUAUCAAUAAUAGUGUUUCAUUUCUUAAAUUAUAGUUAUUGCUUAUUGAUCUGGAAAUGCACGGAGAGUUGAUGUGACCUUCUUUAAUCCCUGUACAAACAUGCGACAUGCAGUACCAUGACUUAUCACCCGCUGCCACCACCACCUUGCAGCAUCAGUAAAAUAUCAAAUAUUAUUGAUCAUAAAACAAAUUUUUUACUAAAAAAAUAUCCCUGGAUUAAUAACCCCAAUUUUAUGAAGAGAAGUCAUUCCUAAAAUUUUGUAAAAAUGGUCAAAAUAAGCAUCUUAGGUUAGUAAGCUUAUUCAGGUACACAAAUAGAGUUAUACAUAAAUUUUCAUACAUAGCAGCAUAUGUGUAAAUUACCUAAGAUAACCCAAGAAAAUUAGACAAAAUGACUCAUUUCCAUUGGGGUCCUUGUAAUACUGUAUUGUUUAAACCUUUAUAAGAGAUAUACUAGGAAUAAGAUAAACUGAGUUACUUACAUUACAUCAAAGAGAGGAUAGAUCACAGUAAUAGGUACAUGUAUGUUAGUAAUACUAGAAAUCACUCUCCUCAGCUGUGAAAGUGACGACCAGAAUGCCCUCGUGAUUAUAAACUGUUUAAUUCAUAUUAACAAUUUUAUUUAAAUACAUUUAAAACUGUUAUUUUCCUCAUAUAUCAGCAAUAGAAAUAGAGUAAAAAAGGAGUGGUGGGAAAGUCUCUUUUAAUUUGUAUAUAAACAUUAUCUGAAGUAUCUUCUUGUUUUAGCACUGAUGAUCUAAAGGACAUGAAAAUGCUGCAUGAAUUGUGUAAAGCUUGACAGGAAAAUAAGCCUUGUUUGAUAUUUUCAAAUAAGAUGGCUUUGUCAUCUAUAAAAUCUGUAUUUCUGAAUCAAGAUUAGUGUCUCAAUAGUACAGCUAUAAAAGGCUGAAAUAAAUUACCUAAUCAUGUUAAGGCCAGUAACAGGGUUUAUUAGUUGAAAUGCUCUGUAUAAUAUAUCACUUUCAUUUGAAUGUACAAGAGAAUGUGUUCUCAUUGUUGUAUCCAGAUUGUAACCAAACAUUUUAAACCCACCUACAGUAGCUGCCAUGUAGGAUUUUGAAAGAAAGAUUUGAAUUUGAAUUUCGACUUAAAUAAAAUUUUAAUGCACCAGGCAGACCUGCCCAGGGCCAGCCUGUGAGGCUAGGAAAACUGUCAAAACCCAUCAAAGGUAUAUCAGAUGUAUAUCAAAAGUACAGUUAUGGAAUGCCCAACUAACAACUGCAAAAAAGGGAGGAAAAUUAUUUAUUAAUUUUUGCAUGUUAUAAUAAUAUCAUUAUUUACUACAAGUACAUGUACAUGAUAUACAGGCUUAGCUGACAUCAAUGACGUACUACUAUAUAGAAAGCCCCUAGUUAUGCUGAGCAUUUUGGGCAAAUUAGGUCAGUGUCCCAGGUUGCGACCCGCACCAGUCGAGCACAUAGUUCUGUUUCUUAAUGUUCGUCCAACUGAUAUGAAAUUCUGGGGAUUAUCUUCCCCGUGGCCUGAUCUCAGACCAGGCCUCCAGAGUAGAAAGGAAAUACAGUAUUACAGGAUUAAGAACUGUUAAGUUGCGUACAGGAAAGUACACCUACCAUCCGACUUAUGACCUGCUCAACUUACGACCACUCGACUUACGACCGUGUUUUUUAUGCCAAAUUUCUGGGAAAUAAACAACUAUUUGUGUUGUACACAGUGUUUAUCCUAAACCUUACAGUAUAAAAUACAGUACUAACAGCAUAAAAAGUAAAGUAAAACAUGAAAUACCAAAAUAAAACAAUAAAAUAAAGUCAUUACAAAAAUGUUUUGUUGAUAUUCAGUAGUAAAGUUCGACUUACGACCAUUUCGACUUACGACCGGUUUCUUGGAACCGAACUCGGUCGUAAGUCGGAUGGUAGGUGUAUAGGUAUGUGUAUACAGGAACCGUCUGACUUAUGAGUGAGCUUGAUUCCGACCAACUGGUCGUAAGUCAAAAUGGAUGUACGUAAGUCGAUCCAUAGAAAAUUGCUGAUAGGGAUACUUCAAAAAUUUAAUCUUAAUCUUGUAAAGCAAUCAUUCUUUAAUGUUUGUUGUGGAAAUCACUUCAAUCCAUUCAUUAUUAUUGAUUGGUUUUCACAAAAUAGGUGAAUAACUUACUUCCAAGAUAAUAGCCGAAAGCUCACGCAUACCCAAGUACAUGUACCUGGGAAAUAUUUUUUUUUCCCGAAAAAAACAACUUUUCAGUGUUUUUGUAAACCAGACGCAUGGUCGUAAGUCAAGUAGUCGUAUGUCGCGCAUGUCGUAAGUCGGAUGGUGAGUGUACUUAAUAUAAGUAGAAGCUUGCAAGAUUUACCUGUCAUCUUGUGUGUUCAUGAGACAGAAAAGAUCAGCAAUCCUGCCAGAGUACAAAAAAAAAAAAAUCCAUUGACUUUUUUAACACCUACACUAUAUGCAGAGGUGAACUUUUCGUAUUUGUUACUUGUCUCAGACUCCAUUUUUAUUAUGAAAGUUAUUUUGUGAUGUGUAUUAUUUUCAUUGCAGUAGUAAUUCUUUUGUAUUGUCAGAUUUUAUGAUUUGUUAACUAAAAUGUCUUAGAGGCAAAGCAUUAUGUAUGGUCAAGGUCUUGUAACACUUGCUGCUCCCGUUCUCUUGCCAGUAAAGAAGCACAGUGGAACCUUGGCACUCAAACUUAAUUCAUUCUAGGAGGCCGUUUGAGUGCUGAUCUGUCCGAGUACCGAACAAAUUUUUCCCAUGCAAUUUUCUUUUUAGUUGGCUGUUAUCACUAACCUCUUAGGCCUCAUGGUGACUUAUUUAAACAAAUAAUAUAAAAAAGCACCAAAAAAUUCAAUUUUUUUAUUUUUUAUUAUCACACUGGCCGAUUCCCACCAAGGCAGGGUGGCCC